AUGGCCGAACUGAACCUGGCAAUUUUCAGCUGUGGCGUUCAACAGGGUUGUGUCCUGUCGCCCGUUCUCUUCAACUACACCGUCAAUUGGAUUCUGGGGAACGUCCUGCACGAAGUUGACGGUGUCGAGUUUGUAUCCAGCCGCCAGCAGACUGAUCCCGACUACGCUGAUGAUAUAUCUUUACUACCAAAGGCAUUGGCCAAUCUACAGUCUAUGGUAUCACGGGUGAAUGAGAUCGCUGAAUCUGUCAGUUUAUCCACAAACGUUGGGAACACUUAAGUGUUUUUGAGCUGCACCCAUGACCAGGAGAGGGCGCCUCUCGAGAUUAAUGGCUGUCAGCUUGAAGGUGUAAGCCGCCUCAAAUACCUCGGGACAAGGCUUUUGCCAACUUGACAGAGUAAGGAUGACAUUGUUUCCCGAAUCGAUGCCGCCCUCCGGGUUUUCUCAAGGCUUAGAAAAUCUGCGUGUACCGUGCGUUUGCCCAUUCUGUCCUUCUGUACCUUUGUGAAUGCUGGGCCGAGCGCGUGGAAGAUGAGCGAAGACUGGAGGUACUUAGUCACCACUACUCGAGGACCAUCCCCCGAAUGAAGUACACCGACUUCGUCUCAAAUGAGACAGUUCUCAUUUGCUGCAACAAAAUCGUGAAGUUAACUUAGACCAUUCAAGAAAGACGACUGUGUUGGUUUGGGCACGUUCUUUGUCGUCCACUUCAGGAGCUCAGUGUUGCUGCCAUCGACCCGGCACGGUUACCCACCUAGAGGCAUCGAAGAGGGGGUCUAUUCAAAACCUACCUUGGCAUAGUCAGUCGCGACUUGAAAGUGGUUCUCGGACCCUUAGUAUUUGGGCUCCGUCGCUGGCAAAGAGAAUUGAUCGAGCUGUCCAGCUCUGUUGCCACGGACCGUCACGCGUGGUGAAGUUCGAUCCGUGACAGCAUCGAAGCCGGCUAGAUCUGACAUGACCGCAGCAGUACCAAGUUUAAGUAGAAUUAAUAGGCUCCAUGGUCUAUGAUGCUCAAGAACACCGCUAUAUUGGAUUUCGCAGAAAUGAGCCUUUAUAUAAAAAACGCAUUUAAGGAGGCCAUAAAAGUGCGGUCCUCGUUAUCAUGCCGGCAGGCACUCUUUGAGUUCAUUUCCGUGCAUUUAACAGGUCACCUGUAUCAAGCAAGAGCGGAUUUAUAGAUAAAGGAGACGUAACUGGAAAGUCUGGACAAACUCGAUGAAGUUGGAAAAUAAGGGGAAUUUGGGCGGGUAGUUUUGAGUCUCCCGCUUAUGCCUGUUAUACAGAAAGUUUGGAUGUACACUUGAGUGUCGAGAUUUACUAGGUCUGUUGAGAACACGAAAGGCUUCAGAAAUAGAUGUUAGUCAAUCAUUAGCUGCAUCGUGUCCAUGCCGCAUGUCAGGGCUCUCAGCAAAGUCGUCAUGUGUUUCCGAAUUAUUCACUUGCUUUCGGGGAAGUUUUGUGAAAACCCCGUUGCUUUUAUUACGCUGUAAUUCUACUUAUUUGGUACGGUUGCGGUCAUGCCGGAUUUAGCCGGCCUCGAUGAUGUCCCAAACUGUAUCUCUCGAUGCGUGACAAUCCUCGGCAGCAGAUCUGGACAGUUCAACCCAUUUUCUUCGCCAACGACGGGGACUGAACGUCGAAGGCCCAAGAACCACCUCCAUGUCUUGACAGACUAUGUUGAGCCAGGUUUUGAAUUUACUCCCUCUUCGAUCCCUUCAAUGGGGUAAAGGUACCGAAUCGAAGACAGUAACACAGAGCUCCUGAGAUGGAUGAUGAAGAACAUGCCCAAACCACCUUAGUUGUCUUUCGUGGAUGGCCUGGGUUAUCCUUGCGAUGUCGCAGCGAGCGCGGACUAUCUCAUUUGAGACGAAGUCGGCGUGCCUCACUUGAAGGCUGGCCCACAGCCAAUGGUGGUCAAAUACCUCUAGUUUUCGCUCUUCCACGCGCACAGCCCAGCAUUCAGGGGACAGACCGGCCAGAUGAACGGUACACGCGAAUCUUAGUGGCGGUGGAGACGUCGCGCCGGGUCCAUAGGCAUUUUCUAAGGCUUGGGAAAACCCGUCGGCAGCAUCAAUUCAGGAGAUAAUUUCAUUCUUACUCUGGCCAUUCGGCUGCAGCCUCGUCCCGAGGUAUUUAAAACUGUCAACUUCUUGCAGUUGGCAGCCAAUAAUCCCGAGCGGUGUCGUCUUGUCAGGGAUGCAGCUUGAAAACACUUUAGUCUUCCCAGCGUUCAUGGAUAAACCGGCCGAUUUAGCGACCUCGUUCACCCGUGACACCAUAGACAGCAGAUUACCAAAAAUUGAAGCGAGUAAGGCAAUACCAUCGGCAUAGUUGAGAUCAUUCAGUCGGUGUCCGGAUGCAAAUUCAACAUCAUCUUCGUGUAGGGCCCUCCCGAGAAUCUGGCCAAUAGCGUAAUUGAACAGAAUGGGCAUCAGAACACAACUCUGUCGAACGUCAGAUUGAAUACCAAACGGUUGGGAGAGAUUGCUGUGGACCAGGACCCGCGCAGUGCUGGAGCGGUAAUAGGCCUUGAUCACGACGAUGAUUUUUGGCGGUACACCAUCUAGUAUCAUUAUUCGCCACAGGUACUCACGAUGAAUGGAAUCGAACGCAGCGGCAAAGUUUAUGAAGCAGACGGCCGUCGAUUGCUGGUAGUUAUGGCGAAAUUCGAGAAUGCGCCUCAGCGUGAAAACCUGGUCCGCACAUCCACGUCCAGCACGAAACCCGGCUUGGUUGGACCUCGUCCUAGAGUCGCGGACAGCCUGGAAUCAUCUGAGUAGGACACUAGCGAAGAUCUUCACAGCAACGUCAGUGGGGUUUAUGCUGCGGUAGUUCUCGUAUCUUGUGCAUGCACAGAGACAAAGGAUAUGUUCACGAGGUGACCCUUCAGUCGCACGUAGGCCAUCCGGUCAUUGACUGGUUCCCAAGCAAGUAACGUGAGGUCCGCUUGUUGCGAGAGGGCGGUAGCCACACUGUGUCUGCCAGAAGAGUCGCGUGGGCCGCUGUGUGAUUCAGCUCCAGGGAUCUUUAUUUCUUUAGAUCCUCAGCCAGGAAGUUGAACUCCAGACAGAGCAGAGAUCCACGUUGUACUGAUUAAGGCUUCGCGCGUUCAGACUUUGGGUACCAGGGUUCAGGGGCGUUCGCACAUCCCAGCAUCCAGUACCUAGACUCCGUCCCCGAUUGAGUAGUACAGCUCGCAUACUAUUCGCCCGCACCGCCGGACCAAGGUUGCGGAGCGCGUAGGUUCCCGCGGACGCCGUAGCAUGGGUCGUAAUACUGCAUUCAGUCAUAUUUCAUGAGGUUUCUUGGGGAUUUCGGAUAUAGGCUGGUCCCCAACAGCCGCUUAGAUUGUUUGUUCGAGGUUGUCUCCCCUAACGCCUUGGCUUAAAAGCCUAACCACAAGCCAGCGGUGGCAAGCAAACUUAUGUAAUGGCGGUUUACGGUCGCCCUGUCACAAUGCCGUCAUCGGUCUUUGCGGCCUUUUUAUAAGGCUUGCAGCGUGCCAGACCUCAGCCCCCUGUACCCUGGUAGCACUCGCUGCUGGUCCGCGACUGCCUAUUCGUCAGACGUGGAUCUGCUUAUUUUACCGCGAACCUUCAUUGAAGGCCGUUCCAUCAUCCGCCAUCUCUGGACGCACAGGGUAGCCAGCAGUUAGGCUAAGGGGCAACCCGUCUUCCCGCUGUGUAUAAACACUCCCAAUAAGUCAUACCCUUUUUUCAAUAUUGUGCCGAAAAUGAGGAUUUCGGUCAGUCAUUUUAGAUUGGUGUACAUAUAAAAAGGCAUAUAACAUUUCAACUAUUCCCAUGGACAUGAACGCAUACUCUUACCACUAUGUUCACCUUAUCUAGAAGCUUUUAGGGGGCGUUUUAAAGCCUGUGGAUUAAUCAGUUUAAGUCUAAAUGACGAGCUAAUCACAGACACAGGAACUCGGGAUUAAUUUUCGAUUUAAACGUUAAAGUUGUUUGACAAUCGUGAAAUUGUUGAUUCGCUAGAGUUGAAUAUAUUUUAAAGUCAUUUCCACACGCAUCGAAUCUCUUUCACAGGGCUGCUCUAGCGAAAUAGCAGCAGAAUAAGUUCACAUUUAUGCUAACAAAAUUGUGGAAGUAAAUAGUUGAAGUUGGUAUGAAGAGCAUCUCUUGAUAGUGCCUUUUUGAACAAUUUCUUACUUUUUCCUGUGCCUCCGGAUCACCUGAUGGCCACGAGCGGUCAGAAGCAUAAUGUAAGACAUAACGUACUUUAUAAAGUGGGCGAUCCUUACUAACACUACUAGUUGUCUGAGAGUCGAUUGCCCGGAAAAUUCGACCACCGCCCACAGGAUGGGCCCAACAACAGUGACUUGCACGCGAACUUGUUUAUAUUGAAACAGCCUUUGGCAGCCUGUGCCUCGCCUUUUCUCGCACCCAGUCUACUCCGCUGGCAGGAUGCAGUCAAUUCAGUCGGUGGUGAGGGUGGAUGCAGUGGCUGACAAGACCGGACAGCCCGUCUGCGCGUGUUACGCACGACCUAAUUCAGGAUUAAUGUACCAGGUCACUUUCAGGGAGUCUAAUAUCACAUAGGUGAAAGUGACUUGAAGAACACUUUAAGGAGGGGCGGUUGGAGCCCGACUUUUAUGAGUUUUUCCGAGUCAUUCCGUCAGUUUUCAACCUUCCAAACGACGACUCACCCCGCGUCUUUGUAGAUUCAAACGCACCAGUUUGGUUAUAGUGAGGAAAGCCCUGAUUUACUAUGAGAAUGGGUUCUCCAAUGUCGGCUUCACCGUCGCUACCUUCCCCGUGCGCCGAUGACGUUUCCGUUUCGGACUCGUUGUGUUUUAGUCAUGAUCUCACUUUGGAGACGCAUCGCACUCGUUUGUCUCAACAACCGUUCCGAUGUGACACCUUCCCGUACAAAGAAUUCGGAUGGUUGAAUUGGCCCAGUCAAUUGUCAUCGUGUCUGUCUACCGGAGACUUCAUUAUCAGGAUCAAUUUAGUGUACGUGAACUAGCAAGCGUUGAAUACAAAAUGGCAGAUCAUCCAGGACAGUUGUUUUGGGGUGUUCGCCCGUGUAUAUGCCUGUGGCCUAAGUACCGAUCACUUCUACGAGCUUUCCUGUAUGGUCUGAAACUUGGGUUCUUUCUUACCGCAGGAGUUUGUCAUUCCUUUCCCACUUCAACUUUUGUCUCAGCCUUAUUUCGUCUUAAUUUCUUCGGAGUGUCCGAAAUACUCCAACUUUAUUUGUUAUUUUCUAGUUGAAUUCAAUGCCCCAGGCAGACCUGGCCGCUCGUCUUACAAUGAACGGUUUGCCGGACGCUGUUGAUGUGGAAGGAUUGCAGGAGGCGGACAUAAUAAUUAUUGAGGUUGGCUUUCGUUCAAAUUUCGGUAAUAUCAAGCUGUAAAUACGAGCUCAAUCGUUGUAAUUUUACUAAGAUCGAAUGCGACGUUUGACUGCCUAGAUUGUCUUUUCUAGUUCAGUUUCUAUCUGGUUAGUGUACCAGUCUCAUAACUUUCGUGUAAAGGUUUCCGAAAGAAAUGAGUUUGACAGAGUGUACAUGUUCUUUCAGUCCGUGAGAUGUAAGUUUUUCUCUUCUCUUGCAACCCAAAAGUCCAACGGCUCCCCUUACACAUCUCCCUAACUUGAUGUAUGGUGAACUUUUGUCAUCCAAACAUGAACUACUCACUUUUUGGUGCCAGGGGGUUCUUAGAAUUCCAGGUUAUUGUUUGGACGCAAGAACUACAGCAGCUGGGCUAAUUCAUAAAAUUUUAACCGAAAUUCCGAAAUGCGUUUUUGUUUCGAAAAGAUUAAUUAAGUAGGGUUGUAAAACUAAUCAGCACGCAGCAUAAUUUUAUAAUAAUUGAUUUACCUCAGUAUGCCGGCUUUCGAAUGAACUUCUUUCCGGCUGCAUGCAAAAACUAUACUCUGUAAAAAGUGACCACUUGAGUAGUAUGCAUUUUUCUCAUUAAUUUUCGGUGCCCUUGGAAAUUCAAUUAUAUUUCAUGGAAAACUUUCAUAAAAUAUUCAUCCUUUUGCUCAGUCGGUAUAAAAGUACGUCUUCUUCCAAUUUUAUACUCGAAGGAGGAGUAUAAUUCGGUUUUCAAAAACUUUUCCGACUCUCGAAUAAUUUCGAACUCGACAUGCCGUUACACAUGCAUCCAGGGUUUCCAAACGACAAGCCGUAUGCUUUCCGCGUACGGGAAACCAUACAUUUCUCCAGGGUAAUAAGGGGAGACCAUAUAGGGUUCAUAUUGUUAACUUAACAAGCCGCAUUGGUAAAUGCAGAAACAUGGCGUUUUAUGAACGGCCAUUUCACGAUAUUAAAAAAUCUCACAAUUAUAAACUUUCGAAAACCGAAUUAUACCCAUCCGUCGAGCAUAAAAUUGGAAGAAGACACGCUUCUACCGAAUGGGCAAAAGAAUGAAUAUUUUUAUGCAUGUUUUCCAUGAAGUAUAAUUGAAUUUAUAAGGCCAUCGAAAAUCAAUGAGAAAAAUGCAUGCCACAUAAGUAGUCAUUUUUCACGGAGUAUAGUUACUGGAUGCAAGCGAAAAGAAGUUCAUUCGAAGGCCGGUAUCCUGAGGUAACUGAAUUAUUAUGGACUUAUGCUGCACGAUGACUAGUUUUACAACCCUACUUAAGUAAUCCUUUCGAACCGAAAAAGUAUUUCGGAAUUUCGGUUGGCACUUCAUUGCUUAGCUCACCUAUGGUACUAAAGCUAGCAUCUUAUUGAUUUUUCUUGCGCCCCUACAUUGCUUUUCCGCCAAUUUUGUCCACCAGCGGUGGCCUUUAGUCACCGUUUGGUCUAAAAGUUAUUUUUACCCCUAUAGUCAGUAUUUUGUAGUUUUGUGUCCUGCUAGCUCCCCCUCGCAAAAAUGAGAAGGUUCGCCACGCCGUUUGGGCUCAGUUGUGUUUUUGGUUUCACUUUUCUGUCCUGGAUAACAGCAUCACUCUGGGGGGUGCGCAUACCAUACUUGAUGUGUACAUUUAUUACCCCUUAUGCGUGCCGAAGGGCCUUUUCUUCAUAAUUAAUGAAAUUACUCAUGAAGGUUAUAAUAACUACUUGUUUAAUUACCAAAUGCAUACUUUCCUUUCAAACUUCAUAUGGUCAUCACCACAAACUUACCAGAUUAUUUAUUACAGCUGCUUCUUUAUACACGAUUCGCUGUCUUGUGGGUUGCUUCACUCGCUUUUUUCGUUCUUCCUAACCACAGUUUUCACCUUUAUUUUGCGUUUGAAACUUCUUCAGCAGAAGUUUUCCUCUAGUAUAACUGUCGUAGUUGCGUACUCAUGUACAAGUUUAAUAAACUGAAAUGCGCAAGGGCAGAACCUUUAAAACUGGAAAAUCGGUCGCGCCAUAAAUCGGGUUCCCAGAAUUUUCUUUAUGGUUACUAGAGCCAUGGAAUUUAUACCCACUGAACGUUUGCAGGGGUCCAUUUUCUCACGCCGACCGUCGCUUUAAAGCACCAGGAUUUGCCGUGUGCAAUCGGCUCACCGUCCUAGUUCCUUACAUAAUUGUUUACUCCUACGCUUCAGGCUGCUAUUUGAUCCGAAGGAGACUGACAACUUUUGCAGAAGCUUCAUACCACUUCUCUCUUCCAUGCGCAUCCAUUUACGUUCGAUAGGCUUCCCGUACUUAUCGUUAGUGUCUUCUGGGAGACCCACUUUCCCGAUUGACACGUCAGAUUGAUGCGCCCGUGUGUCCACGACAUCCAGUCAUUGCGACCGAAUUUAAUGGACCAGUACGUCCGCAUACCCUUUCUCUCCCUCUCCUCUCUACAGAACUCAUGUCUUCCCGGAAAAGUACGUCAAUAUCGGUUCAUUCGAUGGGGACUUCUGAAAUUUUUACCAGAUGCGCAGAAGGUAUAUGAGUACUGCGCACCUGUGCCUUUUAAGUGCAGAGAAUCGGAUCCUACUGGACGCAUCCUUUUCUAAGGGCCCCAUAAAUCAACAGUAAUGCGCUAAUUCAUAGAUUUUCGAUCUACUUUCUAUUGUCUGGGUUCCAUCAAUUUCAUAGCCUUGGAAGCAACCGAUCCCGUGUUUUUAUUAAGAACAACUGGUAGUUGCCGAUUGCAAGCCUGAAAUUAUGACUGACAGCUAAUCAAGUCAUCCAAGUGAUCGCUCAGAAGCCCCUAGACAAUUUUUCUGCACAGUUAUUGCGUUUUACCGCCUAACCUUAUUUAUCGCAGGGUGGUGAAUUUCAAUUAGACUAUGUGAGACUUUGGGUUUUCUUUUGAUCUUCGAGGAGUGGUCGUCAGAUUUCGUGAAGACCUUAGGAUUGUUUCCCAUGGGACAAGCCAAGUCUUGCCUAGUGAAUAAGCUAGUUUUCAUACCCAAUUGCAUUCUGCGUCGUCUUUUGAUCCUAAACUCAAAAAAACGCCCUCCAUUCUUUAUUCUUUCUAGGAAACUUGUCAUGAUUGUUUUUUGGUGUGCGCAGUUUUAGGCCUCCCUUUUAGACAAGUGUGACAAUCACUUCGUGUUUUGACGCAGUUGAAAAAGCAUUUUUUUCACGAGACCCCAAUGAGGCCUUUAUAAUUAGCUGUCUUCUAAGACGUGCGGCCUUUCUCACCGUACAUCCAGAGGUUCGUUUUCGGAAAGUAUAUUUAAAAAACAACGAGAGAGGCGAUAAAGGAACUACUCGACCCUUUUAACUAUUCAUAAUUCACGCUGCCAUGCAGGGAAGGUUUGUACUUCGGCUCCUACUAUUUUUAGGCGUUUUGUCUUUAAAAUUCAAACUGUGUUAUCCCGAUAUAUUUUCAAAAUAACCUUGUCUUUCUAGGUGGGUGACCUGGAUAACUCCUAUAGGGAGCACUUUGGAAGUGUGAACAAAGCCUACCCCAACGCCAAGGUGGCCCAUCUCGAGCUAGGUGGACAAUUUCCCUUCCUCAGCAGAGCCGAAGAAUUCGCCGCCUAUAUGGAGGUUAAUACAAUUUCGUUCUUGUCUACCUUCCUGUCUCACCUUUGUACCCUUAGGUAAACCAGAACACACUCAACUGUUCAACCGUCGUUGCCGACGGUGUCCACCGUCUGCCCCACAGCAGGGUGGACACAGGCACGAUGGCUUGCGCAUAAAUUAGUUCAUAGUGAUAGUGGACUUGCGCUGCACUUAUCGCACUCCCCCCCUCACCCCCUGGAUCCGGUGUCGCGAGAGUCAAGAAGACCGGAGGUGGGGUCGGGCGCAGCCUGCGCCCAGGUGUACCACCGUAUCCACAUGUAUGACAUUUGUUGUGGGUGCGUCGGCAAGUGAUGUGUGCCGUACCCUGGCAUAGCCCCCCUGUUGGUCCAGCGCAGUUACCAUGUGGCCCGUCGCUACAUUCUGCCGGAAAUUUUCAUCAAACACCAGACCAAUAAACCUCUUCCUCCACCGAUCACAUCUUCAUUUUCUGAGUCUUGUCAGUGUUUGAAAAUAGGUGAUUUCUUGUCCUCCUCGACAUUUUUGCCCAUUUCAGGCAGGCCCAGUAUUUUCAUAUAGGACAGUGGAUGUGUGUACGAAAUACACCAAUGGGUGUGGCUGCUACACGAAAUGUCCACCAUAUGAGGUUUCUCAUGUCUACCCGGAAUUCACUAACGGAUAUUAAUACUUCAGAAUGGGCCUAACCGAACACCGAAAGCGUACUUUUAUAUAUCCGAUUUUAUGAUAUGGUUAACGAUUGACCCUCCAUCGUGUCCGCGCACCGCCCCCCGACGUCGUAUGUUCUGUAUUUGCGGUUCUCAUGGAAAUGUUCGCAUGUAACUGAAAACAUAAUGACAUCCGAUUUUAAUAGCUGCUCAUUUUUUAUCAUGGCUUGUACUUUGUAGAUUACCUACCGCGGCCUAUAUGUUCGCCUCUGCGGUGUUUCGAUAUGAAUGAAUGACUGUCCGGGGUGCUACCACUGUCGUUUUAUAGUUGCAUCCAAUCUACUAGUCCGUUGGUGUUACGCCUCGCCUCGGCACAUUUGCCGGUACAUCUUUAUUCAGCUAAAUUAGUCAUGAGAGGGAGCGGCUAGUUCUGGUACCUGACGAGUGUUUUUAGCUUCUUUCAGAGCUCUGAAGCUAGAAGACGGGGGAACAUUGCUUUGGCCGUAGACAUAAAAUAUAAGUAAACCCGCAAAAAUAAGUCUGUGGACUUAUUCAGCGGUUAAAAACAGCCUUGUAUACCGUUACUUUGACUACCAGGACCGAAUAACAUUCGAGUUUAUUUAAUGGGCGACGUACUUAUUUUUCGUUUUACAUCUAAUCACGAAAAAAUGUAAUAAUAUCAGUAGCCACUUACUUUUUUGGUGAACUAUUGCCUGUUUAAGUUUUCCCCACGGCUACGACAUAAGCGACAUCUCGGUGGCUUGCUUACCGAUGUUUACGAUAAAUUACAGUUUAACUUACUUGCGGUCUGCAUUCCCAGAUGCACUAUGAAUCCUACCAUCAAACCCCGUUCUGUCCCACUGCCAAUGUUGACAUUGAUGGCGACCGCAUCUGA